GCAUACCAUGGGCGUCGGCCUGCUGUAAGAUGACCACCCCCAGCGAUCUGGAUCGGCUGGUCCUUUCUAGCCACUCACACCCCGAUGAAUACAAAAUCGCAGCCCUGGUCUUCUACAGCUGCAUUUUCCUGAUUGGAUUACUUGUUAAUGUCACCGCACUAUGGGUUUUCAGCUGCACAACCAAGAAAAGAACCACUGUAACCAUCUACAUGAUGAACGUUGCACUACUGGACUUAAUAUUUAUACUGAGCCUACCCUUCCGGAUGUUUUACUAUGCAAAGGGUGAGUGGCCAUUUGGAGAGUAUUUCUGCCACGUUCUUGGGAUCCUGGUGGUGUUUUACCCAGGCCUUGCUCUUUGGCUUCUGGCUUUCAUCAGUGCUGACAGGUACAUGGCCAUAGUGCAGCCUAAAUACGCCAAGGAGCUGAAGAACACCUGCAAGGCUGUGCUCGCCUGCGUGGGAGUCUGGAUAAUGACCCUGACCACCACGGUCCCCCUGAUACUGCUCUACGAAGACCCCGACAAGGCCACCUCCCCCGCCACCUGCCUGAAGGUCUCUGACAUCAUCCACUUAAAAGCAGUCAACGUGCUCAACUUCACACGUCUGGCGUUUUUCUUCUUGCUCCCUUUGUUGGUCAUGAUCGGGUGCUACGUGGUCAUCACCCACAGCCUGCUGCGCGGGCAGACCUCCCAGCUGAAGCCCGCGGUGAAGGAGAAGUCCAUCCGGAUCAUCUUCACACUGCUGGUGCAGGUGCUCCUCUGCUUCGUGCCCUUCCACAUCUGCUUCGCCUUCCUGAUGCUGCACGGGGAAGGAAACAGCUACAACCCCUGGGGCGCCUUUACCACCUUCCUCAUGAACCUCAGCACGUGCCUGGACGUCGUCCUCUACUACAUUGUGUCCAAGCAAUUCCAGGCUCGAGUUAUCAGUGUCAUGUUGUACCGAAACUACCUUCGGAGCGUUCGCAGGAAAAGCUUCCGCUCUGGCAGCUUGCGCUCACUUAGCAACAUGAACAGUGAGAUGGUUUGAGUCAGAGUAAAUGGCCUGUCUUUAAUCUCUUUGAAACUCUUUUUCUAGCUACUUUCA